AUGGAUGUUUCUGUGGUGCUGGCCGCGGAUGUUUUGUCCUCCUCUGACACGCGGCACGCUCUCAUUUUAGUGGGACAACGAAGCGUCGCUGGAGGCAGUGGGAAUCAAGAGCAGGCAGUGUGCAUUGUUUCCGAUGCGAUUCCGUGCACAGACAUGGAUGUGAUCAUGGAGCAGGUUGAGUGCUUGGAGCAGGUGCUACCAUGCGGCAUUGCCUUCUUGGGCGUCUUUCUUCCAGGCGAUGGCGUGAAGGAUCUUGCGGCUCUACGGCACUCCCUCAGCAGUCAUUUGCAAGUAUCCUCUUUUUUUGUCGCGAAAUACGAUAACGAGGGAAGGGUGCAGUGUCGACUUCUGCAAUCCGGAAGAAUGCUGUCGGUGACUACACCUGACACAAAACCCGUGUUGGUCACUUUGGCCUGUUACUUUUUUUCUCCUUUAGGCCAAUUUCCAUUCAUUGUGCGAUCUAAAGAUGAAAAUAUUACUAGUAAUGUUCUACUAGACGUCACCAGCACUGCCUUGAUGGAGCACAACCAGAUCUGGGAUUCGGUUGAUGCUCUUUAUGCGGUACAGCUUGGUUCCACAGAGGGUCAAGAGAAGGAAAUGCUGUGCGUGCAUGUGACUUUUUUUCCGUUUUUAUCAUGUGGUCAGGGUGUGUACCGUGCUAUAUGCACACUUCUGCCGAAAGUGGAACGAAGGCCACAAUGCGUCAUGGUGCGGGUAGGGUCGCGGAGAUACCCCUCAUUGGUCUAUCAGUGGAUUUUCACCCCCACGGAGCGAGGCUCCGCCGCCCUCUCCGUCAAGCAGUGGGAUGAAUUGAGGGAAUUGAUUGAGGAUGGCGUGGGGGAAGAGGUGCAACCAUCUCAAGUAGUGACGGACACUUUCCUAGGAGUCCCAUCGGCGACUGCAUCUACCACAAUAGAGGGGAGUACAAACAUGAGGAAUAAAACGCAGGCAAGUGAAGUUUCGAAUACCUUUCAGCGUGAGAAGGCAAAAGGCGACUUCUUGAGGUACAUGCCACCUCUUUUGGUCCUGUUCUGUUCUCUUUUUUUGUACUUUUGUUGCACGAAGUAG